CCUUCAGGUGGCGUAGUGCUGUGUUAUAUUUUGUGAAUAUUUAUGUAUCUCGCAAGUAGUAAAUGUGGCCAGUAUGUUGAUAUUGGAAUUCUAGCAUCUGAUUUGCAGAAAACCUACAGUGCAGAAUAUGGACGAAGAAAAAGAAAUGCUUUUCGAAUACAAGUUGAAAAAGUGUUUGGAAUAAUCAGUAAUGAGAAAGAACGUGAAGAGUUAGCAGUUUUAGAAGCUGAACAUGUGGCAAAAAGAGCAAGACAACAAGAGAAAAAUGAGACUGCAGGAAGUGCCACAGAUGACUCUGAUUAUGAUGAUUAUCCAGAAGAUCUAUCUACAAAUCACAUGAACAGUUCCCUGCUAAGCUUAUACAAGAAAGGAAAUCCUGAUUCUCUUCCAACCACUCCAAAAAAUGAACCAAUGGAAACCCCCCCACCUGUGCGAACAGCACCUCAAACAAGCACCCUUUUGCCAGGAACAAGAGCGGAAGCACGCAUCUCUGGAGGUGGCUGGUUCAUUGAUAAAACUCCGUGUGGAAAAGACUUUUUCAUUGACCUUUCUGAGGAUGGAGAAGGAGAUGAAAAGAAACUGAUUUCUGAGAAAUCAACAGAAUUUUCUGUCUUGGAGAAUGAAAGAAAGAAUACAAAGGGCAAGAGAGCAAAAAGAAAAAAAGAAUUUCCAGAUGUAGAUGGAGAAAUUGAGUCCAUCUUACUUAAAAAGAAAGUUAGAAGUAAGGGACCAGAGCUUUACCACCCUUCAGUGAAGUUUGAGGAUGUAGGAGGCAAUGAUGAAACUUUAAAGGAAAUAUGCAAGAUGCUCAUUCAUGUCCGUCAUCCUGAAGUCUAUAACCACUUAGGUGUGGUUCCACCUCGCGGUUUUCUUUUACAUGGACCACCAGGAUGUGGAAAGACGCUACUUGCACAAGCAAUUGCUGGGGAGCUUGAGCUCCCGAUGCUGAAAGUGGCAGCAACGGAGAUGGUGUCUGGAGUGUCAGGGGAAUCUGAGCAGAAACUGAGGGAAUUGUUUGAGCAGGCUGUGUCUAGUGCACCAUGUGUCCUUUUCAUUGAUGAGAUUGAUGCAAUCACCCCAAAAAGAGAAGUUGCAUCAAAGGACAUGGAGCGGAGAAUUGUUGCUCAGUUCCUAACUUGUAUGGAUGACUUGAAUAACGUGGCUGCCACUACCCAGGUCCUUGUUAUUGGAGCAACUAACAGACCUGACUCACUGGACCCUGCACUGAGACGAGCUGGGAGAUUUGAUCGAGAAAUUUGUUUAGGGAUCCCAGAUGAAGUGGCAAGAGAAAAGUACGAAAUUCUUCGGACUUUGUGUCGAAAACUUAAGCUCCCGGAGUCCUUUGAAUUUCAUCAUUUAGCACGGCUGACUCCGGGUUAUGUAGGUGCUGAUCUGAUGGCACUUUGUCGUGAGGCAGCUAUGUGCACAGUGAACAGGGUCCUGAUAAAAUCUGAGAAGCAGGAAAGAAAACACAUACACGCUGGAGGAAACAAAGCUGAAGAAAGCAAAGGAAUAGGAACAGACAUCCUGGUGGAAGAGGAUACCAAACAACUAGAACUUCCUCCUAAGGACGAACUGCAGAGACUUUUGGAUUUGCUAAAGAAGCAAGACCCCUUGCCUGAGGAGCAGCUGCAGAAGCUGUGCAUUGAGAUGAAUGAUUUUAUUGUUUCACUGUCAUCAGUGCAACCCUCUGCCAAGAGAGAAGGCUUUGUCACAAUUCCUGAUGUGACAUGGGCAGAUAUCGGAGCCCUGGAGGAUGUUCGGGAGGAGCUGACUAUGGCAAUAUUGGCACCUGUGCGAAACCCAGAGCAGUUUAAAGCUCUGGGCCUGACUACUCCAGCUGGUGUCCUGCUUGCAGGGCCUCCCGGGUGUGGCAAAACCCUGUUAGCUAAGGCCGUGGCAAAUGAGUCUGGACUGAACUUCAUAUCUGUGAAAGGUCCUGAACUGCUAAAUAUGUAUGUUGGUGAAAGUGAACGUGCUGUACGUCAGGUAUUCCAGCGUGCCAGGAAUUCAGCCCCUUGUGUUAUAUUUUUUGAUGAAGUUGAUGCUUUGUGCCCUCGGAGGUCCGACCGUGAAUCAGGAGCCAGUGUCCGAGUAGUUAACCAGUUACUCACAGAGAUGGAUGGUCUGGAGAAUCGUCAGCAGGUUUUCAUUAUGGCUGCCACAAACAGGCCAGAUAUAAUUGACCCAGCUAUCCUGCGUCCUGGUAGACUGGAUAAAACGCUUUAUGUGGGUUUGCCACCACCUGAAGAUCGACUUGCUAUUUUAAAGACCAUCACCAAAGGUGGUACCCGGCCUCCACUAGAUACUGAUGUAAACCUUGAAGAAAUUGCGUACAGUCAACAUUGUGAUUGUUAUACAGGGGCAGACCUUUCCGCUCUAGUGCGUGAGGCUUCAAUUUGCGCAUUGAGACAGGAGAUGGCCCUGCAGAAUACUAAAAGCAAGAAAGGGGAAAUCAAGAUUUCCCAUAAACACUUUGAAGAAGCUUUUAGGAAAGUGAAGUCCUCAGUAUCAAAGAAGGUAAGAUAUGUAAGACUGAUUUGUAAGUAUGUAAGACUGAUUACUCCUCUGGAAAGGAUGCCCUUUUUAUGCUGGAGACUGGUGGGAAUAGUUAAGCAUGCUGUAUGCUUCCAUGUAUUUCAAACAACUGACACUACCUGUAGAUGGAUUACCACGCUAUCAAAGUUAUCUUGUAGUAUGGCACCUUGGACUUCUCUCUGAAGUUCUCUGCUUAGUUAUUGACCUGGCCUUAACCUCUUACAUCUGUGGAAUUUUCAGUUAGAAGUGAAGGCCUUUAGAGUGUACUACACCUUCCCACCACCUUUUCUUCCCCCCUAGAUGGAUAUGACACUCAAAAAUGCUCAACCAUUUCUGUUAACAUGUGACGUUUUGAAAUAGGACAUAGGACAUAGAACACUAUCAUCUUUGUUAUUUCUUACCAGUCUUUUCAUUAUUUGCAUUUGUCAAUGAAGUUAGUUUUAGAUGUUUCCUUAUGACCUGUUCUUUUUAAUGACUGAAAGGAAAGCUGUUCAGUCAUCUUAAUUACUAUAAUUGAGAAGUUUUUAUAUAUAGGAAUUGUUAUUGCUGCAGAGCUUUUGUGUAUAGGUGUCUCCAUGUUGCCAAGAGUAUACUGCAGCCAAAAUACAUUAAUAUAUUCAUUUUAAACGCUAGCCAGAGAAAAGUUAACUAUUUCCUUUCAUUAUUAUUGUAUGCUGAUGGUCAGUGACCUUUUCUAAAAUUUAAAAGUGAUCUUUAGCUCCAAGACGCUUUAAAGAUGGUGUUGGUCAUUGGGUUCCUGCCCUUUGCUAAUCACUAAGCAAAUAGUUCAGAAGCAACAGCCACAAAAACUUAAAACCUCUCCUGUAACAUAGCAAUUACUGGUAAGUAUUAGGACAUGCUCCUUCUGGUUCUUAAGAGUUAACCAGAAAUGUCACUCUGCAUCUCAAAGGCAGCAUAAAUAUCACAUCUCAGAGCCCUACACUUAAAUUAUAUCUGUCUGAAGAAUUCUCAGUUAGGUAUUUUGAAAUAUCUUUUGGAGUACAAGAUACUCAUCUCCCAUUUCCAGAUGCUACUUUCUUAUCUGCUAGACAAAUUCAAUCUGACAAAAGCUUUAUGCACCUUCCUAUGAAUACUGGAAAAUACAAAAAGCUGCAUCUUGCUGCUUUAGUGCUUCUAACUCUUCUUCUCCCUCCUACACAUAUCUGAGUUCAGUUAACUUGCUUUUGCUUUAAUUGAUUGACUCAAGACAAACCAGCAUAAGUUCUUAAAGCUACUGAGAGACAUCACCUUCUGAAGAGAGUUAUUUCAGUGGAAGUUAACAUCUCCAAGUAUUCUGUUCCUCAAAAGCGUAAUUUUGAGUGACUAGUGAAAAGCAUUAAGGAAUAGUUAAGUAAGUUAGACUAGCAAAAGAAGAUCUAUCCAUUUUGGCACAAGUAGAUAGGGGACUAAGGUGUCAGUUCAGUAGCUCCCCUCACAAAGAGGGCAGUGUCCUCUUAGGGAAGCUGCAAUCUGAACCUAGCAUGGCAAUAUUAAGUAUAAAGAACUCUGCCAAAGGCUUCUCUUAAUUACAUAUAAAUGAGGUUCCCCAGUAAUAGUGACCAAUUAUGAGUCAGGAUGUGGGGGGGUUGGCUUAUUUAGUUUUUUGUUUGUAAAUGCUUUUAAAUAUAACUAGUGUCUCAUAUAGCUGGUUUGUUUCACUUUCUUGUUAAAUACUACAUAAAGUCACUUUUAAAGAUUGCAUGAUUUUUUUUACCAUUGUCUGAAGUCUUUCUUUCUCUUAUCUUGGCACUGCUAGGAUCAAAUAAUGUAUGAAGAACUACGUCAGUCACUGUGCAGGUGAUACAUUUGGACAAUCCCCAAAAGACUUGCUCUACAUUGGUGGAGAGUUUUGUAAUACCCAUGCCUGAUUUGAAGAGUCAGGUUGGAAAAAAAGUGUGCUAAAUCUCUCAGCUUUUUAAACUGUACCUGAAAAAAGUUCAUCAUAACCUACUGCUCUAAACCAUCCUUAAUUUAACUAUUUCCAGAAUAAAAGAUACAAUACACGCUUCCUGCUUAUCACCAUUUAAGUCUUAAAAAUUAAUGCUUUUAGUGCUAAAGAGCUAAUACCAUUCUGAUAUAAUAUUUGGCGCCCUUAAUCAGAAAUCCCUCAGAGGCAGAGAGGCUACCCCUUCCUAGUGUUUACAUUGCUCAAAUAGCUGUUUUCAAACAUAAAUGAAAGUACCUGUUUUCAGGAACAAGGACUCUGGAAGAGUCACUGGGAGAACAGAGCUGUGAAAGUAGUCUGGGAAAGCACUGCACUGCAUGUCAUCAGACCAUUAAUCAUGCCUUUCCCAAAUACAGUGACACAUGAUGAUUGUACUAGCGUGGGUUCUCAGAGCUUCUAGCAGCUUCUCUUCACCUUAUCAAAAGAAACUAUCCAGAGAUGGCAAGCUGUCUUAAAUGUUACCUAGGAGAGAGUAGAGUUUAGAAAUCUGAGAAGUGCUACAGUGUUGCAACUUAACAGCCACCUAAGAAACACUUGAAACAGUGGGAGUUAUCCAACAACCUGGUUCUUAAUUUUUUUAAAAAAAAAAAACAGACAAAUCUGCAACAACAAAAAUUCUAUUACAGGUUUGAAUUCCUUAGCUCAAGUGUUUUGACAUCCUCUGGAGGAAGGAAAAUGUUAUUGUUUUAAGAAACAGGCCAAGAGCCUGAAGCUUUUUUUUUUUUAAGUACAUGAAAUUCCAUCUUGGAAAGAGGGUCAAAGUUUCAGCACCAGCAAAAUGGCAAGUACUGAGUUAAGACAAAACAAUGAAGCAUGACAGAUACCGAGUAACUCAUUUCUGAAACCUACAAGCCUUCAUGGAUUUUUUACUGUCAUGAUUCUAUGAAGUUCCUUUAAUCAUUAAUAUCAGUUCCUAUCUUUGAUCUGUCUUAAUCUUCCUGCAACCAUUGCUCAAGGAUCAAAAUAAGAAAUGGAUGAUUUCUGCUAAAAGACUUUCCAAUUUGAUAACACCAAACUUUAAAUCCUUUUAGAGUAAUGAAAUUUCCAUAUAAAACCGUAAAAUAAUUUUUGUAAGCAACAUUUAUUCUACAAGCAUCCCCCCUACUUUAACAUUUAAGAGGUAGGAUGUGACCCUGAACAACCUGAUCUAACUUCAAGAUUGACCUUGCCUUGAGGGAACAGCACCUUACAACUGAAAUUCUUGUCCCAAUUGCCAUCUGACAAAAAAAUCUUGCACAUUUUUCUCCAAAGGUAAAUGUGGAAGGCUGUUACACAUAACUGAUCACCACAGACUUGUGUUUUAAAACUACUGACACUCAUGGCAGCUUGUACUUACUACUGUAAUUUUUUUUGCACAUUUGAUACUCCCUCCCUCUUCUCAGGAAGCCUGAAACUCAGGGACUCAAGUUGUGGCCUAUAUGACUAACAAAUGAAGUCCCUGCAUGUAAAGUAGAUGAUGUGUUUGCUUGUAAUUGUAAAUCAGGCUUGGAGCUUUAGGAAUUACUGAGACACCCAGAAAUCCCAAGCUGAAGGAUCAUAAUUUUCUCUUAGAAGAGUUUCACUUGUGGAUAUUCAUUAGUGCAAGGCAAUGCAAUUAGUGCAUAUCAGUUAUAUGACUAAUUUAAUGUGAAAUCAUAACUAGAUGUCAUGUACAGAGCUGCACAAGAACCACCUAUGUUACACAGACUUUUUCCUGUUCUAGCUCUACAUCUACAACUUUACAGUUUGAGGAUUUUUUUUUUUUUACCACCUACCUUAAACGAAAGGCUUUUUGCUUUAUAGGAAGCCACAACUGUGUCAAAGCAAGCUGUGACCCCUUUCAGGACAACAACACACUGAAUUCACUAGAGUGUUUGAGAGUUGACCAAUGAAAAAGAGAACCAAGCAGGAGCCCUAUGAAAGCAAUAUAUGCUACCUCAAAUACAAAUUUUGACACUGUCAGCCAUUUUUACCUUUAAAUAUGAUAAUUAAUUCUAAAGGCAUCACUGUUUUUCACCUGCCUGUGGCAUGCAUUGGUUUCAAAACAAAUGAACUGUAUAUAAAAAGAACUCAUCAGGAAUAAAAGAAAAAUAUCUCCUGUGAUACAGCUUCAGUGAUAUGAUUUAGAAAUAUGUCAUCCUUUCUUGGGAAAGAAGUGUGGCAAGCCACUCUUUACAGUUGUAAAUAGCCACGUGAAUGAUUUCUCCUUUAUUGAUAUAUAGAGGAAAAUCCUUUAAGGAUAGCUGCAGUUGAUGAGCUUACAAACAAGUAAAGUCCUGAAGCCCUGGCAUAUUCACCCAAGAAUUUUCUCCUUCUUUCCUGUUACCAUGGUAUUAUUCCUGUGUGUAAAUGAAGCAAGAAAGCAAGGUAGAACUUGCAAGGCAAGACUAAGGAGAAAAUACUAUUCAAGUAGUAAUAAUAACAGUAUUACUAUUCAAGUAUUAAUAAUAUAGUCUUGUCAAGGUUUCUACCACACACCAUUUUUAUUAUACAAAGUAUCUGAUAAUCCUUCUUAACAUGUGAUAGGGGAAGAGGAAGCAGGGUGCAUGAGAGUUUGAAUUUACAAGAAAAUCUGGAGUUAAGUUGAAAGGCAGAAAGAGCCAGAUCAGUCAAGCAUCCAUAUCCUGUUUGCUUACCUUGUCUGGGCUACAUGUGCGUCAAGGAGCAAACACGGUUAGGCAACUGAACUCUGACUUCACGCAAGAGAGUACUGCACCCACACCACUGCUUUUUCUUGGGGGAAAUUCUGCUUAGGCUAUAGUACUUAGCACUGAAAAAAACUUGAUAACAGAUAAAUUGUAAAAUCUCUUGUACUUGUACAUAGAAAAUAGGGAUCAAUUUAAGGAAAAAGCCUUUUCACAUAAUAGAGACCACUACUUUGUUCUGCAUAUGCAGCUACCACCCCUCCUAGCAGAAAUGCCUACAGGAGGUUUUCCCUCUAGUCAUGUUUCUGUUGGGGCAAGAUCAAGAAAUUGUUCAUCACACUAUUCUUCUCUCCCUUUUCCUGAGGCUAGCUACAUAUCUAAAUCACAGUAACGAUUGUCCCAGAGCAUAUUAAAUGCUAACUUAAGCACAGAUAGGGGGCAGAGGCAGUACAGGAACUGUCAGAAGGAAAAAAAAAAUGCUGUCUUCAUUCUUACCUAAACAGGAAACUCUUCAACAUUUUGUCCUCACUGACAUCUUGUAUACUACUGCAGGCUUGAUUGUGAAAUACAGGAUUUGAUAGAGAAGAGGUAAUUGUGUACAUAGAGUUGCAGGUUGCUAUACUAAAGGCACAUCUACAUGAUUUAGACACACCUAUUUGUCAGACUGUUUUUUUAGGACCUUGCAGAAGCAAUCCUGGCAGACCCAGAAGUGCCUCCUUGUGCUUUGCAGCUUGCAAGCUAAAACAGUAGAACUUGCUUUGCCUUAAGUCUUUUGAGACACUUUCAAAUUACAGUACACUUUCCAAAGGCUGUGUCUUAGACCACUUAUGCAAAAUCACUACCCGAAAGCAACUUUUCUCCUGUUUGUCCAACUGGAUUAGUAUGGCAUCCCCCAAUCUAUAGCAUUGACAUUAUUGCUUGUUGAACCUCAUCGUUAAAUAAGGAAUGAACAACUUGAAGUUCUACUGUAGCAUGCCACUUCAUCUAAUACAAGAAUAAAUGCCAAGAAGGCAGAGGUCAACCACUGAGCUCAUUAUCUAACAGUGCCUGCUUACUUAGUACAGAUCCAUUUCUCAACACCUGUGGACUUUUAAGUAUAUGUUAUGUGUGGAACAGACAGGCUCAGCAGCAAAAGAAGAAUGCCAGAGGCAAGAGUUGUUCUGAAAGAGGAAUAUACCCACGCCUGUCCUGUGGUAAAACUCAUGGCUAGUAUGAUCAGACUGCAGGAUGUAUCACUUACUCCACUUAAGCAGCUUCAAGUAAAGGGGGUUGGGGGGGUGGGUGUGCAUGCAUUACAAGCCACGCCAGGCAGUUUAUUCUGAAAACUGCAAGUUACUCUGAAAACCUUGAAGGGGAUUCAGAGCUCUCCACAAUUUAACUGCAGCUAACAUAAUACUUGGAUGACACAUUUAACAUUGCUGACCCAAAGCCAGCUGUGUUUUGACAGUUAAACUCCUAGCUGAUUUCACAUAAAGGAGAGCUUUGCCAAACUGACAAACUAGUAAGAUGCUUUAGUGACACAGAAAGGAACAAACCCUAACAAGAAAGGACAAAGUUAACAACUCAUUCCAUCUGAAAAACUUUAACCGAAUUAUAAUUCUGUUAAUGUCAGGGUUCUUAAUGCUCUGUAGGUUUAAUUUGAUCUUCACUGGUUAGUCAAAGCUCCCUCCAACUUUCAGAUAAAGUAUAUCAAGAACUAUACUUACUUGGUUUUGCCAGAUAAAUAGUUUCCAUUAAUGCUAUUAAAAUGUAAUUCCUUAAAAACAAUAACUAGAUAGUUCAUAUGUAUUUAAAAAAAAAAUCAUGUUUAUCUUUGUGCCAUGCCUUUGGACUAAACACAUUUUAUGACUGGAGAAAACUAGUUUUGAAUUUAGAAUAUAUCAAACACAAGCCAAGUAGUCCAGCUGGUCUUCAUUCCUUUUACCAGUGGUUCAGAAAUGCUUCUGACUUUUUUUAGGGAUGAAAUUAUAUGUAACUUAUAUUAGGCAUAGUAUAUAAAAUAUUACACAUACUAUAUUUAACAUAUUAAUAAUCUAUAUAGACUAUAUAUAAACCAAAAUAUAGGUUAACUUUCAGAUGAUCUGCUUCUGGCAAAAUCCCUACUACUGAAGUUAAAUGCCAAAGCCUCUUGUGUGUAUACACAGGAAUUCUAUACCCAAGAACGGUAGUUACCAAUGCUUGUAGGGAAUCAGACUGUGGUUUAGAUCCAAACAUGAGUCUCACUGGUUCAGAUUAACCUAGAGCAGUAAAUGUUCUCCAGUAGGCAGCCAGUAGCAUGUGUUUCAGAAAGAAUACGGCAAGCACAGAUAUCUCCCUCAGAACUCCCCACUAUUCUGCAGCUCUUGAAGUGAAAAUGGGAUAUUUAUAAUCAAGAGUUGGAAGGGAACAUCCCAGUCAGGACACCCUAGAGCAGUAUUUGCAAUUUUUAACAAGAGAGAUGGCAACUUCAGUCCCAUUUAAAAGCAGGAAUUCACACUUGCGCUACCUUUUGGGAGGACAGUAAGGGGCAUCAGCAAUUCUAUGAAGUAGGUAUCGAAGCCCAAGUAUGAAAGUUAAACUCUGAGCUCUCACUUAUCUUAGAUGAAUACUUCAGAUAAGCAGUUUCUCAACUUUAGCUUUUAGCCGUGAAACUUUUUGGAGACACUUUCCGUCCUUCAUUCAGCUAUGGCAAGCUAUCAAAGAGAUUUAAUUCCACCAUUCACUUCUUAAAUUGAGAAACAGUCAUACAGAUGUGGCUUAAAAAGAAACAAGUUUUGCCACUUGUUAAGCCUGUUUGGGUCUUUCAGCCAAAAUAGUUUUCUUCCCAGUAGAAAGGCAAGACAGUGACUCUUUACAGUUCAUCUAUACCACCACUCAAUAGAACAGCUCUUGCAGCUGCUUUAAAAAUGCCAAAUUUCUCUAAAGCUCAUGUCUUUCAGCAUUAGGGGACAAAUCAAAAAUUCACCCGAUGUUACUUUCAUCUUUGCUUUUUAAUUACAUGUAAAAAUACUGGAUAAAAGUAGAUUUUGACAUUACACUAUACCCUGAGCAAUAUGCUGGCUAGCUAGCAUGUUAUUGGCAUCAUUACGAAGUCACUUUGUAAGUGGUUGUCAUGCUUUCAUACACUUCUAUUACAUAACCACAGAUAAGGGCCCACACUUAAAACGCACGCACAUUAGAAACAGGACUGCAAUCAAGUGAGGGUUAAGUUGUACCAACACAUUCUUCUCAGGCACUCAGCUUCUU